UAUGAAAAAAACACAGUUGGCGCGGCCGGCUCGAAGGAUGAGGUCUGCGGUACCUCGCGCGUUUUUUUUAAAUACAUAUUCGUACUUAACCGCGUUGCCGAAGUCGCGUAACAACACUGUUUCGUGAGGCACAAGUCAAAUACAGGAAUAACGGUUGAGGAGAUAAAUGUAUAACAUUAUAAUUAAUCGUUCAAUUUUAUACAUAGUUUAUACAUGCCGCAGAGAUUAAUGAUAAACAGCGUGAUACGCUGCCCCUAAUAACGAAAAUAAAAGUGUCAAUGAAAUGUAAAUAAAAUCGUUCGUUCAUCUAUAAUAUUUAUCCGUAAACUAUAUACGUAUACAAACAGUGUGGAAACUCUAGAGAAGAUUCUUUCACCCGUCGGAAUUCUUUCCUUUAUAAACGAUCUCGAUGUGCUCGAUUGCCAUGCCCGCCGAGGUGAUCCUGGGGCACAGUCCCCCGGUUUACAGCACGCUGCUUUAUCGACCCCUGGUGGUUUCGCCCCAGGUAACGACGAGGGCAGUGCCACCCAGGAUACGCCCCUGCCUCUCGACCGGAUCCCUACCCGUAGACGAUAUUCGCAACAACAACAAACAGAAGAAACGUGUCGUUUUCGCCGACGAUCGUGGCCGGCCCCUUACCCAGGUAAAAUAUUUUGUCCGAGUGAUGUCGGAACCCAGCAACGUGCCGCCUCUUUGGAGCAGCGCCUACCUCGCCGGAGUGACACGAGGUGUUAAGGUGGAGGCGACGCCGACGCCGUGGUCGCCGACGUUCCCCCAACCGGCGAGCGACUACCUGGCCUUCCGGCGCAAGCUGGACCAGGAGGCUGUUAGCCUGGAGAACGUGAUAGUGCGAGAGGCGGAAGAGUGUCUGGUCGGUACGGUGAAGGUGAAGAACCUGGCCUACGACAAGGAAGUGAUAGUCAGGGCGAGCAGCGACGACUGGACCUCCCACGAGGACGCCCACUGCAGCUACGUCUCGCAACCGGGCGCGGCGCAAGCCGCCCUCGUCCUCUACGACACCUUCCGUUUCCGGUUGACCCUACCGCCGCGCUCCGACAAGAUUGAAUUUUGCGUGUGCUAUCGCGUUGCCGGCGACGAGUACUGGGACAACAACGAGGGGAAGAAUUACGUCGUUAGAAAAAAGGCCGAGCCGCUGCAGCAAUCGACGAAGGCGUCCAUGAUCUGCAACGGCGGUGUGACGUCGAUUAGCCAGACGACGUCGUCCUCGCUGAACACAAGAAGUGACCCGAUACCGAUCAGCAACGGGAUAACGAACACGAGUCGGGAGGAUUUGCGACUGAGGGACGCUACAAGGGCGAGCAUGAGAGCCUGGAGCGAAUUCGCAUCGUGGAAUCACCUCGUGAACGAUUCGCCCUACUGGUGAUGCCGACCCGUUCAUCGACCUCGACUCGCUGUUCAGCCGAAACGAUAAAACUUCAUUCCCAAUCACGCGACAUCGAACAAACAAUCAAAAAUACAAGUCUAAGAGAUAACGAAAAGAAAAAAAAAAAAAAAAAAACAAAAAGAAAUAAAUAAAUAAAAUAAAUAAGAAAAUUGAGAAGAAAUAAAUGAAAAAAAAAAAAAAAAAAAAAAAAACCAACCAACAAACGCGACUCGGCAUUGCAGAUGUGCAGAGCGAAUACGAUGCGUGUUAAGAAGUCACGUGAAGAAAAAUCGCGAUCAGUGUGCACCGAUUUCCCCAGCUGAGACGACUUAAGUAUCCCGAUCGACGGAAAUCGAGAAAUUAAUUAUCGAUGCGGCGAGGGCAUGAACGACGUCUACCGUGCAUCGAUCACCAAACGAUCUUCGGUUAAAAAAGUAUCCGGUCAUAUCCCUGAUGGACGAAUUUCUCGUGAUGAAAAACUCAUCGGGACUUGAACGAUUACGUUCACGUUUAAUACCAGAUCGCUAUCGCGCAGGAAAAAGGGGCAGUUAAUAUUCUCAUGGUUUUAACGAGCAACGUGAAUUCGCUGUGCCAAACAAAUUAAAAGGUCGCCCGUUCGCGUCCAAAUUCUAAGUUUAUCCUAACUUUACGCAACUAUUUUAGUUAGUUUCUAUCCUAUAAAUACUGCAAAUAUUACACAUGUAACCAUGCCUUCAUUGUACAUACAAACACACAAUUCGUCAAACAUUGUACCACAAACAUAUUUUCCUAUUCGUUGAUAUUCUUUUAAACCUUAAUUAAUAUCGUUAUUAUCUAUAUGUCUAUUUCUCUCUCUCUCUCUCUCUCUCUCUCUCUAAAGCUUUCCCUUGCUCUCUCUUCACGAAUCAAUCAUUGUUAAAUGUUUUUUUUUUCUUUUUUUACUUAUUAGCGAUGAUCAGUUCGGUGUAAAGUUCACUAUUAGCUGUAUGCAGUACGUAUUUUACGACUUGGGAAGGAAAGAAAAACAAAACAAAAAAAAAAAAAAAAGACAAUAAAUGGGGAAAACGAAAAAUCAUCGUAUGCGAAACUCGACUUCUAUCUGUAUACCUAUACCGAUAUACUAUGAACUAUUUCGGGCUGCGGGGUUUUAGUUUUCUAUGAAAAAAAAUUGGAAAAAAACAAUGAUAUACGUAUAUUUAUAACGCGUACAGAGUUGCAGGCCGUUUCUUUUUUACGGCUUAGAUGGACGUAGAGAAUUUGCGAAGGAAGGGCGGGAGGAGUAAUGAUUUUACAAUGAGAAUGAAUUAUCGAGGCACGUAUACCAUACAAAUAUAUGCGCACACACACAUACGCAGAUAAUUUUAUACAUAAAUUUAAAACUUUGAAAUUAAGCCAAAUUAUUAUCUGCAUGUUGCGUUGAUUCGAUCGCGUCAAUUUACUACAUAUUUUAACAUAUAUUUAUUUUGUUAUCCUACAUGUGUACUGUGUUUUGUCUUUAUACAUUUACGUUGUUAUAUAUUUAUGUAGUAUAUACAUUUGAAAGACAAGAAACUUUCAAAAAUUUCUUAACGUUUUACUUAUUACACUUUUAUCAACACACGUGUUUGUGUGUGCGCGCAUAAUAUUGCGAAAGCAUCUGCGUGCAAAGAACUGAAUGUGCCUUAUAGAAUGUAGCUCGAAAUUUACAGCAUAUGUAUAUAUAUAUAUAUAUAUGUGAAACGGUGCUACGAGAUUCUGAUUUUUAUUUAAACGUAUUUUCAUUUUCCAAUGUCACAGCAAUAACGUCAAUAUUCGUUCGAACAUUGCGAUAUAUUGUACGUAUAUUGUUUCGUAUUUUCAAUCGUGAUAUAUGAUGUUUGACAUGUGAACAUGAAUUUUUUACGCUACGCGGUGAUUCCAAUUUUAUUAUAUUGUGAUGAUGAAUACGAUAUACUUGUAAAUUAUA